GGUUGGUUUCUGGUACUUGUAGUCCACAUCGGGGUGAUCGUUUCCGUGUGUCUCGCGUACGUUAGGUGUUGGAAUCUGCUCUUCAAAGACUAACACAUGUGAAAUUAUAGAUCAGGGUUUUGUGAAUUUAUGGAAACAUGUCAAAGAAACGGGGCAGGAAGCGAAGCAGUGGUGAGCUGAGUGAGAGCUCAGCGCCGACCCUGAGCCCAGACCCUGACAACCUCUUGGGCCGCAGGAUUCAGCACACAUGGAGGGAGAAGGGUAACAUGACCAAGUGGAAAGGCACCGUGCUGGAACGGCUCACAGUGAACACCUCUCUCUACAUGGUCAAAUAUGACGGCUUUGAUUGUGUUUAUGGCAUCGAGCUCUUUAAAGACAACCGGGUGUCCAACCUGCAGGUGUUGUCAGAGAAAGUCGUGAACAAUAAGAUCAAGGUGCCUCCAGGGGCCGAGGAGCUGGUGGGCCGAGCUGUGGAGCAUCUGUUCGAAAAGGAGGACGGGGAGAAAAACGAGUGGCGGGGCAUGGUGCUGUCCCGAGCCCCCAUCAUGACCCACUGGUAUUACAUCACCUACGAGAAAGAUCCAGUGCUGUACAUGUACCAGCUGUGGGACGACUACAAGGACGGAGAUCUACGUGUCCUGCCUGAAUCAGAAAACAAACACCUACUUCCAGCAGACAGGAAGCCAGGUGAGGAGCCAGAGAGCCUUGUGGGUAAACAGGUGGAGUACGUCACAGAUAACGGAAUUAAGAGGACGGGCUUGGUUAUCUACCAGGUCCCUGCAAAGCCCACAGUGUACUACAUUAAAUAUGACGACGACGUCCACAUCCAUGUCUAUGAUCUGGUGAAGACCACCUAGUACUGACUGUCUGCUCUCAUCCUCAGCCAAUGGCACGUCUCUGACCCACCAGUCGUUACCUGUUAAAGUGUUACUGAUUUCAGUUUUGCUCCAGUGGGAGGCGCUGUGCCGAAGAUCAAUACCGCUGUUUCUUUGGUUUCUUUUUCAAUUACGCAUUGACAUGAGACAUGUUGGUUUGGUUGAUUCUCAGUUUGAAGUUUAUCUUAAUGUUUGACUACGAGUUCCUCCAAUGUAAAUAAAGCAUGUCUGAGAGCUGUUCUAAAGCCCAGCAGAUGAAAUGGAGUUACGAGUGUGGUGAAACCAUGUUUGUAUAGUGCAACUUUCAGACUCCAAAUUCAUACUUUUUGUAAGAAAAAAACAUCAAACUUUAAAAAAAAAAUCACCUUUCUUACCCACACCUCUGUGUUUAACACGUAUCUCUUCUCUUUUGAUAUGCCUGUGCCAUUUAUUUCAUCUGGAAUAUCCGGCUGUUCUCAUGGUAACAUUUUGGCAAAUCUUGUCUGCAGUGCUUUAUGUGUGUCACUGGGUAGGCCUUUCAGUUAGUUCAUUAUAGAGGUAACAUUCAUCUAACCAGUGUGCUGAUUUUACCAUCACAGUGAAGUUUGAUUUCAGUUGAAUUGUAUAGACAUCAAUGAGAAGUGACUGUCUCACUUCUCGCAUUUAAAACUUUAUUCUUUAAAAAAAAAGCGUGUAUCAUAUAUCUGUUAUGUUUCAACAUGCAAACUGCAAGUUUUCUACAUGAUUAUAUAUGAAAAAAUAUUCUGAUGUUGUCAAGAUGUUUCAACGUGUUUGUAAUACACACUAUUUAUGUAGUUUGAAUUGGCCUCCAACAUUGUUUAGUAUUUGGGAACUAAAGUCUUUAUUAUUUGCCAAAAAUAAGUAAUGUGAUAAGAUAUAUACAGGCCUGUUAUUUGUGACCCUAAAUAUGUUUUAUUUUCUGUAAAUAUAAUCGGAGACAUUUUUAUGGACGUUCAACAAAGCUGCUUGAAAAUGAUUCUGUUGUCCUGUAAUUGUGAAAUGUUGAAGGGAUGUUUUGAUAAUUCAUGUGAAUAAAUCCAUCAUUUUGGGGCAACAACA